AUGGCGAGCAUCAUCAGGACCCGGUGCCUUGGUGGCCUUCUUCUUAGCGUCGGAGCUCUUCGGGAAGCGAUGGAGGCUGUCGACAUCAACCUCGACAGCGAUCGCUGUGGUGGGCUCCGGUGCUUUCGGGCCUGGGAUCCGGGAAGGCUCAACCAGGGCCGCUUCCAGCUGAGAGCCGGGGCCGCGCAGCGCGUUUCCUGGAGGCUUGUUCCAGAGGCAUCCUACAGCCUACAGCGAGACAGCAGUUGUAAAGGUGACGAUGCAGAGACCGUUGUGUCUUCUGUGCAAGUGCUUCCCUGGAUUCAUGCAGAAGAGCCGAUCAACGGUUCCACCAUUGAAGUCUUCGUCCCAUCAGUGGAAGACCUGAUGCUUCGCAUGAAUGUGAAGCAGAACAUCUUCCUCUGUGCUAGCAGGACCUUCCGACAGGAGCAGUCGUGCCUUUGCCAACUGGACUUGAUCAAGUCACCAAGUGUGGGCCUUCUUCCGCAGUUGGGACGCUUGCUACCGGAAAAGGGCUUCGCACAGCUGGCAGAGGUUCAGGUGUCCCUGGAUCGGCAGUGCCCUGCUCCCUGGAUCCCAGAUGUCGUGGUGGCCACGGUCCUGGCACUGUUCGCGGUGUUCCUGCUGCUGUCCUUGGAGGCCGCUGUUGCCAUCAAGCGCGCCGGUCCGGCCGAGAAUCCCCGGAAACUCGCCGAAGAUGCUGGGCUCGUCGUAGCGAAGCCGCUGAACCUCGCACGGAAGGCGGGCACCGGCGCAGUUGGCUUCGUCACACUCAUGGCGACAACGCAGGGCAUCGCAGUGACCAAGGCCAUGGAUGCACAGGUCCCAGAAGCUGUCGUCUGGCUGCUAGUAGUCUCCGCCGGGCUCCUCAGUGCCCUCGCCGUCUGGCGUUCCUUUCAGUCAACGUGCCAGAUCCAGCUAAGCGAAGCCUACUUGCUGAAUGGUCAAUGCAUUCGCAACACGCCGUCGGUAAAAUCCAUGGACUAUGCCCUGGGAGCUGGCAUUCUCCUCUAUGCCUUGGCGGCAGCCGGAGGUGUCCUCGCAGCCGGCACUUCUGCUGAGCAGGUAGGCUUGAUGAUCCUUGUGCUGACAGCUCUCGUCGGCCCCGUCAUGAAUCUUCUCCUGAGGGUGAAGGCCGGCAGUGACGCUGAGACGGAAGCUGCCAGGGUCAAGAUGAAGCCGCAGGGCUUUGAAGAACUCCUUUCUCGUGGCGCAGCUGCCGAGAAGUCGACUGACGGAAACUUUUCUUGGAGCUUCCUACAUUGGGAGGAGGUGCUCGCGGCGGGGCGGCAGAGUCGGGAAACCCGCCCAGAUAUUCCCGGCGACGAAGGAAUUCUCAGUGAAGGCACACCCUUUGGCCUUCUCUCAGAUGUACUGUGGCAGCGGCAGCGCAUUCACAAGCUUACGAGCUCCCGCGCCGGUUUCUUGGUGUGGCCUGGCUGCUUUUUUUCGCUGGCCCUAGCCGUGGCGAGCACGGCUGUGCAGGGAAUGCUCUUCGCUUGCUCCAGGGGGGAGCUCGCAUCGCUGGAGGUCACAGGCCUUGGCCAAAACAUCCAGUUCGUGAAGUCGCAGGACCACUAUGUGCUUGGGGCAGACAAGGCCGUGCGGCAGGUCUCCCUCUACGCCUCAGCACACGAAGCACGCAGCCGGCACCUGACAGUCGAGCCACCUCUGACCGAAGCCAGAUUCAGCGCUCUUUCACCCGUGCCCAUUGGUGGGAUGAUGGUGCCGCGAGUGGCGCGUGUCACCAUUCAAGGCACGAAUCCCAGCCUACCUGCUACUGAGUACCUUGUUCGCUUUGCUCCCCAAGCCAAGCUUGCGCAGGUGCUCCUGCUGGAAGCCCCCGACUUGGGCUUCCGGCGCUGCCUGGCAUGGGCCACGCUGCCGGGAAGUCAGCUGAGCAUACCUCCAGACGCCAAGAAUCUCACCGCCACCAUCCUCUUUGCGGACUUCUUCCUGGGCGUGCCCCUGGAACGCCACGAGGCAAAGAACCUCGAAGUGGCUGAGGAUGCGACCUGGACCGUCUUUCAUCGACGUCAGAACUUUUCAGAUUGCAAAACGGAUUGCAGCGAUGAUCCGGAUUGCCUUGCCUCAUUCAAAGGAGCUCAUGGUUGCUUCGCAGCUUACCACAGCUAUGCCUGGCACGAAAGCCAGAGUUGCAGCGGAGCAGCGAAACUUGAAAAAGGAGUCUCACACGACAGCUUCCGUGCGCAGAUGUUCGGCUGUGUGACGACUGCAGGCUCGUUGGAUUCUGAAUGUGGCCCGGACAUCCAGGUGCAGGACCAAAGUGCUCGCUUCGAAUCUGUUAUGCCAGACUGGCAAGGCGGCGUUUCCGGGCAGCUGCGGCUAAAGCUGCGGCGGGAGCAGAGCUUAGAGCGGAGGCCCACAGAUGCCCAGGCCAUUAGUCUUUCCAGAGAGUUGCCUUUGCCAACGGACGUGCUCGUGAAGCUCAUUGCCGAAAAUGCUACGGGCAAUGCGACUGCUGUUCUUCACGCCGAGGGCAUGGUGUCCAAGGAAGGCGACAUCGUCGUGACUGCCAGCAGAUUUGACCCGUUCCGGUUCCGCUCGCUGCGACUGAUCGUGGUUCCGAUCUUGCCCGACACGAACUUCAAGGUCCAGUGGACCUCCAUACCAAACGACGGCACUACCAUGAGGGAUGCGGACCUCCCCGAUCUGAAACGAUGCAAGCAGAGCAACUUCCUCCGUCUUCGCUACCGCGCCUGUGGCGCCACAUCGCAGGGAGCGCGGCCGUCCGAACCGAUAACUUUCGCGUUCAUGCCUUGGGCUGGUCCCUUGGAGGGCCGAUUCCUGGUCGAACCCCGAGAUUCCAGAGAGCAACGGUCGGGCAUGUGGCCACGACGGCCAGAGCAGCACCGACUGAAGGUGCGCUUUGAUCAGGCAGACACUCCGGCAGCUUGGGCGGCGCAGGAGCAGGGAUGUGAGCUUCUGCACCGAGUCCCCAAGGCGAAGAUGAACUUCGUUGGACGGUCAGCGGAUGCCUUCUGCGCGAUGGUGCAGGACGCGCUUUCAACAGGCAAAUGCGACUAUGUGGAGCUCUGUGAGGAAUGGCGGACGGCUUUGGCGGAGCACCAUCGUCUUCCGGAAGCUCAGCUCACUACGCUUCUAGCGUGUCAGGCAGAAGCGCAGAAACUUCCCUGGGCUGAACCAUGUGAAUGGACGAACUUCUCCUCCUGGUCAUACGAUCGGAAUAGCGUCGCAUUGCAGACGCCCAUUGAGAUGCCUACUUUCACAGUGGAGCUCAAGAUCGCGCUCUCAGAUUUCUUUGAGAGCCUUGUCUCUUUGGGUGAAAGGCUUCUCCCCUCCGGCUUGGCUGCAGCAGACAUGUUCUGUCAUACUCAGCCAUGGGGAAGCUUCUUCUUCGUCAAGAACACGAACAGACUUGGUGGAUACUUGCGACGUCGCGGUGGCCAAAAUGGAACGCUGGUACCUGUUGAACUUGGCCCGAAACAAGCCUGGUUUCAAUGGUUGCUUCGGGCAAUGCACACUGGAUCGCUGAAGUUAACCCGGACUAUUCACGACUGCCUCCUGCAGGAGUACCGCGCAGUUGGCUUCGACCUACUCCCGGGACUGGACCACAUGAAUGGAGCUCUUGGGGGGGAAGCCUGGGCUGCGAGUACCAAGCUCGCCAGUAAAGGCCUCGAUCAUCUGCCCUGGUUGGCCUUCAUUGGCAAUAUGUCCGAAGGGAUGCCUCAGGGCAUCAUCAAAGGUGCAUUGGAGAAUGGCUCCACGAUGCUCGAUUUCCGGACAACCAUGAAAGACCUUCUUCCGAGCUGGAAGCACUGCAGACAGCUAAACCCCAGCGUGCCUCGGCGAAUGGAGCUGGAAGAGCUCGUGUGGGUCCUUCAAAAAGAGCCCUGCAAUCAGGUCGAGGUGCUGCGGGUCUCGGGUGGCCGCAUAGAGGACUCCGCGUUCCCGCCGAACUCUCACUUCUUCGACGUGCUGAAAAGCCUCAGUCAGCUUCAAAGUCUUUCUAUCAGGCAUUGGUCUUUGUCUGCAGCGGACAUGUCAGAGCUCCACGAGGCCCUGAAGACGCGCGGAGAGGGCCCGGCCGAGGCGCUGGACUCUGUGGAGCUGAAGCCAAGGCUCGGCGACCUGCCCUUCCCCAGAUCGGCAUUGAAAGAGUUGUUCGGCCUUUGUGUCCAUCGCUUCGUGCUGGGAGAUUUCGGCCUCGGAAGCCCACAGGAGAUCGAGUCGGUGAUCUCGGAAGUAUCCAGAAGCCAGAUGCCUUGCCUCCAGAGCUUUCAGAUGCAGGUGACGAAGGAGAUCAGCAACUACACACUCCUUCACCAGAUGCAUACAAGAAUUGAGGAGGCAUUGAGGACGGCCUCAGGCAACAGCAGUGCCGAGCUUAUCAUUCGUAAUGAUGAUUCCGACCACAAGGCCACGUGA